AUGGGAUCUUGGUGCUUUGGAUGUCAGUUGAUAUUGUGGUUGAUGACAUGGGUGUUCAUUCAAGUUCCCAUUCGACCUCCGGAAGAGGAAGAGGGGGGCCGUCGACGACGUCGUCAUAAUCACCGCCACCAAUCUGGACAGUCUAGAUGGCGUCAUCGCAAUGCGAGUAUUGAAGAUAUCGAAGCUGAAAUCGAGGCUGAACAGCAUGGAAAUCAACGUCAUCAUCAUGCGCGACGUCGAGGUCGACUCAUUCGGGUGGAGAGUGAUUCCUCGGGGAGCUUGGACAUGAUAGACGACUCGUUGCCAUCACCGUCAUCUAUUCACAUUCCGCAUGUUGUAUGA